AUGGAUUUUAGAGAUUUGUAUAAAACUAGGAGAACUUUAAAAUUAGCUGAAUCUUUGGCUAAAAGAAGUCAAAAUGUAAUUACCGAUCGCCAAGAAAAACAGAGAGAAUUAUUUUGGAAAAAAAGAGUUGAGUCUAGUAAAACACCGGAAUUUAAGCCUAUGGUCAAACAAAAAACAAGAGCAGAGAUGCUUAAAAAAUGGAAAGCAGAAAAAUUAUUAAGGUUGGAAGAGGCUAAGAAAAAAGCUAAACCUGUUUUUAAAGUAGGAGUUAUUCAAAGAACUGCUACCGGUUCUCCAUUGGUUGGAAAUAGUAAUUGGAAUGUUAAAAAGAAGCUUGUAACAGAUAGUGCAAUAUCUAAGAGUGGUAAAGAAAAUGUUGAUGGAAUUAUGACUAGAAGCAAAUCAAGAGCAAUAGCACAACAAACUGACAAAAGUGAUCAAAAAAGCAAAUUGAAUCCUAAAAAUAAAAACGCAUUGCCUUUGCCGAAUAAAUUUUGCAAAAUAGAUAAAGGCAAAAUUAAACCAUUGGAUUCUUAUAAAUUUAAGUUGCCUAAAUCAGUAUCAGAAUUACCAGCAAGUAAAAGCUUAACAUAUCCUAAUUCUCCUAAAAUUACUAAAAGUAAAAAACUUAUGAAGGGAAGCAAAGGCAAGUCGGAAAAUAAUGAUAAUGAUGAAAUGAAUUUAAAAGAAACAUCUUUUACAUUAUCGAAUUCUGAAAAUGCAAACCAUGUAAAUUCUGACAAAACAGAAAAUGAGAGUAUUCAACCAGUGUGUUACAGUCCAUUUACAAAAAAAAAUACUAGAAUUUCUUUAAAACAGACAGAAACAAAAGAAGAUAAUGAUUUUCAAAAUAAAAUUCUUUCUUUCAGGACCUUUUUAGAGCAAGAAACAAAAAGAUUGCUUGAUUUAUGUAAAGAAUGGGAAAAUUAUUGUGUUGAUAAUAAUGAAAUUCCCAUCGAAAUAAAAGAUGAAAUUGAUUCUAUUAAAGGAAAGACCAAUUUGUUAACAUCAGAUAAAUUCAAGCAGUUCAAGGGAUUAAUUGAAAAAUGUGAAUCAAAAGAUCCAUUUGUUAAAAUAGAUGAUCUUCAAGGGUUUCAAGAUUGGGUAUCAAUUGAAGUUGAAAAAAUAAAUAGUGAUUUUGAAAAAUUGAAACUCCUAAAAAGUAACAAUUGGAAUGUGCAGGAAACAGAAAUAACAGAUAUUAACAAAAAUAAAAAGAAAGUUAAGAACAAGACUGUAAAAAAACCAAUUGGUAAAUCUAAUAUUCGUGCUCAUAUUGAUGCCAUGAAGAAAAAAUUAAAUAAUGAAAAAAUAAGCGACAAUAAUACUGGAAUUAUACAAGGCUCAGAAAAUUCUGUAGACUUAAUUACAAAUGAUGUAAUAAAACAGAGUCCACUCAUUUCUAAUCUUAAAAGUGGAAAAAAAUCUUCUUCCAAACGUGAUAAUAAUAAACACAAUGAAGAAUUUUUUAAAAUGACUCCAACUAUUGGAACAAAAUUUCCCAUAUUAAUGUGCACUCCAAAAAUUAAUCAAUCAGCGAAAAAGAAUUCCAAAAGUGUAAAAUCGAAUAAGAAAACUUUGAUAAAAUCAGAAAAUAAAAAUAAAGGAUUGAAUGAAAAAUAUUUUAAACCCUCACCAAAUGUUGAAGAUAGCCCAAUUCGUCUUGUGCUUGGAGAUUUGAAACAAAAUACAGUUAAGCAACAUAUACCAUUAAUUAAAUUUAGAAAAGGAGGCCCAUUCGUUGAAAAAGCAGCUUCCAGUUCAGGUUCAGGUGCUGAUAUAGGUAAAACUUCUAAAACCAUGACAUCCUCAGUUAAAGCUCAUCAGUUACCACUUAUUGAAGAUUGGGAGCUUCCUGUUCAAUAUAGAAGAUCUUUAUUAGAUGACAAAGAAAUUGAUGCUAUAAAUAGUGGAGGAGCUUAUUAG